AGUGACGAGCCCACAAAAGCGUUCCAAUUCUCCCACCACCAUCAAGCAUCAGAGAUCUCUUGACAGCAAUCCACCACUUGCUUGCCCAGACGCUUCUAGCUAGCUAGCUAGUAGUUCUCUCUCAAAAGUUCUAAAAGAGAGUGAGAAUCCCUACCGGUAUCGUCAAGAGCUCAGCUACAGACUGAUUUACUUCUCGGUGUGCAUUGUGUUAGCUAGAGCUAGCUGCUACCACAACCUCAGUAGUAAGCUCCAACACUUCUUAUCGAACCAAUCCUUCCUUCUGCGUCAUCAAUCGUCCACAAUGAGGUCCGAUGAAAGCAAGAGCGAUUUGCCCUUGUUGGAUAUCACAGUAGCUGAAAAAGUAGAUGUCGGCACCGACAAAGUCCUAGAGAGCCCUCAUGUGAGUGAAGGGCCUGGUCGCAUUGCCAACAGCCCUGUUCCUUCUAUCUUUGUGGACGAUCGUGGUGAAAUUCAUCGAUUGCGAGUGGGUGGCAAACGGAUCAAUAUGCUAUUCAGCAAGAAGGAUGUCAUGAGAUCCGGCUACCUGCAUAAUCACAAGACAUUUAGCUUUGUCGUCAGUGGCAAGGUCGAAGUAUGGCUAUUGGAAACAGAUGGAACCAAAAAGACAGUCUAUGAGUCUGGCAAGUUCCUUACGGUCGACAGUUUCGUUCCCCACAUCUUGCAUUUUUUGGAAGAUACCAUCAUUUUGGAGUUCUGGGAGGGCAAGUUUCAGUGUUGGUAUUAUCAUCCCUAUCGACGGCUGGUCCAACUACAAAAUGAACUGGUGGCAAAUUGUGGAAACAAGGAUGAUGUAUCCAGUAGUAUUGGACAAUUUCAGCGGCUUGUGCCAGCUGAUCUCGGAGAAGCCACCAAAACAACAACCGCUGGAGCCAUCUUGUGGUUGGGCACAGGGAUGGUAGUUGGUGCCGUGGCAGCCACUGCGAGUCUUUUGUUUCUGGCUGGAAGUGCCAAACAUCGCAGUUAACCACACAUUCCACGUAUGGCAGGUUUUGUGCAUAUCUAGCUAGCCAGAGAUGACAACCAAAGAUGUCUGGGAAUGUCGUUUUUAAAUCAGAAAUUUGGAUUCUCAUUGCUAGAGGCUUUCAUUUCUGUGUCAGCUCUUGUGUCCAAGAUGUACGCAUCAUCCAACACUCCGUCUUCUCUGAUAAAAAUAAAUCUCAAAAGCUUGUUUGUCCUGGC